GGGGGUUCUUUUACCCUGCAAUCCUUUUUGUUUUAUUAGAAAAAGCUUUACAUUAUAAAAAAUAGUUGCAGCUAUGAAAUAGGUAAAAAGCAAACAUCUAUCUACAAGCAGACUUAACAGAUUUGUUUUUUUAAAGCAUGCAUUAAAAGAGUGUGGGGAACACACACACACAAUUCACUAUCCUGGUUUUGAGAUUGUGUUUGACAGGCUCAUUUAAAUGGGUGGUGAAGAAGAAGUGAUGGGUGCCUCUUGAUGUUGAGGCUGUGCCCCCGGAUAUUUUGUAUGGAAAGAAAGGGAGGCAGCUGGCUGGCGCUAGCAGGAACAUAGGUGGCUGCCCCCACUACAGUCUAAUCCAGGGAUGGGGGACCUGGUGCCCUUCAGCUCUUGAUGGACUCCAGAUCCCAUCAGCUCCACGCAGGCCAUGCUUUCCACUCAGUGGACUGGGAGACUAUGGCUGCUGUUCCUGCUCUUUGCAUGUGGAGAGAACACACAAGAUCCGGGUUCAUGCCAGCCUCAUCCCUCUUGCCAUGAGUGUAUUCAGUCUCACCCCAGCUGUGCCUGGUGCAAGCAACUGAAUUUUGUGCCAGCCGGUGAGUCAGACACAGGGCGCUGUGCCCCUCGGGUGGAGCUGGAGCGUGGUGGCUGCCUCCCCAGUGAGAUCAUGGACCCUCGCAGCAAGCAGCAUGUGCUGGAGGACAGGCCCCUGGGCAACAGUGGCCAGCAACAGAGCUUCACACAGCUGGCGCCCCAGAGAAUUGCUCUUCAGCUUCGGCCUGGAGAGGAACAGAGUUUCACAGUGCGCUUCAGAUGGGUGGAAGGUCAUCCUGUGGACCUGUACUAUCUCAUGGACCUGUCCUACUCCAUGAAGGAUGACCUGGAGAAUAUCAAGCGACUGGGAAGUGACCUACUAUCUGCCCUACGUAAUGUUACCACCUCAGUGAAGAUUGGAUUUGGCUCCUUUGUUGACAAGACAGUUCUGCCUUAUGUGAGCACAGCACCCUCGAAAUGGCAGCACCCCUGCCUGCAAGCGAAUGAGACCUGUCAGUCAGCGUUCAGCUACCAGCAUGUGCUGGCACUCACAGAUAAUGCGAGCGAGUUUGAGAGCAGAGUCAGCCAGCAGCGCAUCUCGGGUAACCUGGACACAGCUGAGGGGGGCUUUGACGCUAUCAUGCAGGCAGCCAUUUGCAAGGACCAUAUUGGCUGGCGGGAUGUGACGAAGCUGUUGGUCUUCACUUCGGAUGGCACAUUCCACAUGGCAGGAGAUGGGAAGCUGGGUGGGGUUUAUCUCCCCAAUGAUGGGCGCUGCCACUUGGAUGACAACGGGCUAUAUAUGAAAAGCCACCUAUAUGACUACCCUUCAGUUGGACACUUGGCUGAGGUGCUGUCUGAAUCCAACAUCCAGGCCAUAUUUGCUGUGACUGGGCCCAGGGUUAUUAUAUAUGAAGAGCUGAGCAGGCUCAUUCCCAAGUCGGUGGUUGCAGAACUGAAGGAGGAUUCCAGCAACGUGGUGCAGCUCAUCGCGGAUGCCUACAGUAGCCUCUCAUCCACUGUGAACCUGGAGCACUCGUCAGAUCUCCCUCCUGGCAUCUCCCUUGCUUACGACUCGCAUUGCGGUGACUCAGAAACACAUGGAGGCGCAAAGGGUGGAGAGUGCCUUGGUGUACACGUCAACCAGCAGGUGCAAUUCACGGUGCGGAUAAAGGCUACCACGUGCCUGUCUGGUCCUCAGAAGCUGGUGCUCCGAGUCCUGGGAGUGGGAGAAGAGCUGCAUGUAGACCUGACAACAGUGUGCGAGUGCCAGUGUGGGGAUACCCAGUCCUACGCGCCUCACUGUUCUGGUGGCCUUGGCAACCUUACCUGUGGAGUCUGCCGCUGUCAGGAAGGCCACGCUGGUCGGCACUGUGAGUGCAAGCAAGAGUUGGAUCCAGAGGCCACGUGCCGAGAUGUGAAUGACACAGGUCCAGUGUGCAGUGGCAAGGGUCGGUGUGUGUGUGGGAAAUGCCAGUGCAACGCCCAGGCAAGCGGACCCCUUUGCAAGUGUGACAACGCUGGCUGUGAACGGCACAAUGGGCAGCUCUGUGCAGGCAAUGGGCAAUGCAGAUGUGGCAAUUGUGAGUGCCAUCUGAACUUCACUGGCAAAGCAUGCCAGUGCAGCCUGGAUACCAGUGGGUGCAUGCAGGAGGGCAUUGUAUGUAGUGGUCAUGGUCAUUGUGUCUGCAACAGAUGCCAAUGUGAUACUGGCUGGUUUGACAGUCACUGCAGCCGGUGUGCUAAUUGCCCUACACCCUGUGAGGAGCACAGGGAUUGUGCAGAGUGCAAAGCCUUUGGAACAGGACUGCUAAGUGGGAAUUGUAGCACCUCCUGCAACCAGAUGGUGAAUGUGGUGCCAGGCUCCACCACAGAUGAGAGAUGGUGCCAGAUGGCGGCAGAAGACGGCAGCCUCCUCAUCUACCUCAUUGAGAGGGAUGAGAGAGGCAGGAUCACCUUGAUGGUGAAUGGUAAAUAUGGUACUACAACCAAGCAGACCUUCACGCUGGUGCUGUACUUGGUGCUGGGUUUUGUGUUAUUGGGACUCUUCCUCAUUAUAAUCUACCGCAUCAUCGUGGAGAUCUAUGACCGGAGAGAGUUUAAGCGCUUUGAAAAGGAGCGCAAAUGUGCCAAGUGGAACGAGGUGAACAACCCUCUGUUCAGGAGUGCCAUCACCACAGUCAUGAACCCCAAGUACAAUAGUGACUAAGGUCUGCAACCACAGCCACAAACACAGCACCAGCUGUUGGAUAAGAAUGCUGAACUUGGGCCAGAGACAACUGGAUUUGAAUCCUCAGCCAUGGGCAAGAUUUUAUUAGCUUGGCCUACCUAAUUUUAUCACCAUAAAAUGAAACUAGAAAUCAUAUUAUUUCUUCUCCCUGGGAGGACACCUUCCCACCUGUUGGUGAUUUUUUUAAAACAGAAAAAUAAACUGAAAGCAUGUGAAUUCUGAUUAAACAAAAUAAAACAUUUGGUUAGCUUAAAA